AAGCUUUAAAUCGAAAUUUAACAAAAUUUAUUUAAUUACAUCGCCGCUCAUUGGGGGAGGGGAUUAUGUGUUGAACCCCGCAAGUGACGUCAUGUCACCUGCUGCCGCGGACGUCACAAGAUACCAGGAAGCUGCUGCACUGCGCGCGCGCUCACUGAGAUCCGAGCACCAACUCCGGAGCGGAGGAGGGAGGGGGCUGGAAAUACAGACAAGAAAAACAAGAUAAACAGCCAAGCUGACACUUCCUCUGCAGAAUUGGUCUGAUGGAGCAAAGGCACUCAGCGCAGCUCGGUGCAAUAAGGAAAGAAUGCGACCAGUAUGCAAAUAGCACGGAUCAUACUGGAAAUUUGACACAGCACCAGAGAACUCACACAGGAGAGAAACCCUUUAAGUGCACUGUGUGUGAGAAGGCAUUUGCACAGUCAUCAAAUCUUCAAAAACACCAGAGAACACACACAGGAGAGAAACCUUUCAAGUGCACUCUGUGUGAGAAGACAUUUACAGAGUCAUCAGUUCUUAAGGGCCACCAGAGAACACACACAGGAGAGAAACCCUUCAAGUGCACUGUGUGUGAGAAGGCAUUUGCAAAGUCAUCAAAUCUUAAAAAACACCAGAGAACACACACAGGAGAGAAAUCUUUCAAGUGCAAUGUGUGUGAGAAGGCAUUUACACAGUCAUCAGAUCUUCAGAGCCACCAGAGAACUCACACAGUAGAGAACCCCUUCAAGUGCACUGUGUGUGAGAAGGCAUUUGUAUGGUCAUCACAUCUUAAAAGACACCAGAGAACACACACAGGAGAGAAAUCUUUCAAGUGCAAUGUGUGUGAGAAGGCAUUUGCACAGUCAUCAUAUCUUACAAUACACCAGAGAACACACACGGGAGAUAAACCCUUCAAGUGUACUCUGUGCUCGAAAGCAUUUGCAGAUUCAUCACAUCUUAAACUACACCAGACAACACACACAGGAGAGAAACCCUUCAAGUGCAGUGUGUGCAGGAAAGCGUUUGCACAGUCAUCAGAUCUUCAGAGCCACCAGAGAACACACACGGGAGAGAAACCCUUCAAGUGCAGUGUGUGUGACAAGGCAUUUUCAAAGUCAUCAAAUCUUAAAAAACACCAGAGAACACACACAGGAGAGAAAUCUUUCAAGUGCAAUGUGUGUGAGAAGGCAUUUGCACAGUCAUCAUAUCUUACAAUACACCAGAGAACACACACGGGAGAUAACCCUUUCAGGUGCACUUUGUGCUUGAAAGCAUUUGCAUAUUCAUCACAUCUUAAACUACACCAGACAACACACACAGGAGAGAAACCCUUCAAGUGCAGUGUGUGCAGGAAAGCGUUUGCACAGUCAUCAUAUCUUCAGAUCCACCAGAGAACACACACAGGAGAAAAACCCUUCAAGUGCAGUGUGUGUGAGAAGGCAUUUGCAAAGUCAUCAAAUCUUAAAAAACACCAGAGAACACACACAGGAGAGAAACCCUUCAAGUGCACUGUGUGUGAGAAGGCAUUUUCAGAGUCAGCACAACUUAAAAAACACCAGAGAACGCACACAGGAGAGAAACCCUUCAAGUGCAGUGUGUGUGGGAAGGCAUUUUCAGAGUCAGCACAUCUUAAAAUACACCAGACAACACACACAGGAGAGAAACCCUUCCAGUGCACUGUGUGCGGGAAGGUGUUUACAGGGUCAUCAAGUCUUCAAAGGCACCAGAGAAAACAUACAGGAGAGAAACCCUUCAAGUGCACUGUGUGUGAAAAGGCAUUUGCACGGUCAUCAGUUCUUCAGUGCCACCAGAAAACACACACAGGAGAGAAACCCUUCAAGUGCACUGUGUGUGAGAAGGCAUUUUCAGAGUCGUCAAAUCUUAAAAUACACCAGAGAAUACACACAGGAGAUAAACCCUUCAAAUGCCCUCUGUGUGGGAAGGCAUUUGCACAGUCAUCAGAUCUUCAGAGCCACCAGAGAACACACACGGGAGAGAAACCCUUCAAGUGCACUGUGUGUGAGAAGGCAUUUGCAUGGUCAUCAAAUCUUAAAAGACACCAGAGAACACACACAGGAGAGAAAUCUUUCAAGUGCAAUGUGUGUGAGAAGGCAUUUGCAAGGUCAUCAUAUCUUACAAUACACCAGAGAACACACACGGGAGAUAAUCCCUUCAGGUGCACUUUGUGCUCGAAAGCAUUUGCAGAUUCAUCACAUCUUAAACUACACCAGAGAACACACACAGGAGAGAAACCCUUCAAGUGCAGUGUGUGCGGCAAAGCGUUUGCACAGUCAUCAGAUCUUCAUAGCCACCAGAGAACACACACAGGAGAAAAACCCUUCAGGUGCCCUCUGUGCGGGAAGGCAUUUGCACAGUCAUCAGAUCUUCAUAUCCACCAGAGAACACACACGGGAGAGAAACCCUUCAAGUGCAGUGUGUGUGACAAGGCAUUUGCAAAGUCAUCAAAUCUUAAAAAACACCAGAGAACACACACAGGAGAGAAACCGUUCAAGUGCACUGUGUGUGAGAAGGCAUUUGCACAGUCAUCAGUUCUUCAGGGCCACCAGAGAACACACACAGGAGAGAAACCCUUCAAGUGCACUGUGUGUGAGAAGGCAUUUACAGAGUCAUCACAUCUUAAAAAACACCAGAGAACACACACAGGAGAGAAGCCCUUCAAGUGCAGUGUAUGUGGGAAGGCAUUUUCAAGUUCAUAUCAUCUUAAAAUACACCAGACAACACACACAGGAGAGAAACCCUUCCUGUGCACUGUGUGCGGGAAGGCCUUUACAGGGUCAUCAAGUCUUCAAAAGCAUCAGAGAAAACAUACAGGAGAGAAACCCUUCAAGUGUACUGUGUGUGAGAAGGCAUUUGCACGGUCAUCAGUUCUUCAGAGCCACCAGAAAACACACACAGGAGAGAAACCCUUCAAGUGCACUGUGUGUGAGAAGGCAUUUUCAGAGUCAUCAAAUCUUAAAAUACACCAGAGAAUACACACAGGAGAUAAACCCUUCAAGUGCACUCUGUGCGGGAAGGCGUUUUCACAUUCACCACAUCUUCAUAGACACCAGAGAACACACAGUGGAGAGAAGCUCUUCAGGUGUAGUGUGUGUGGGAAGGCAUUUUCAGAUUCAUCUACUCUUAAAAAACACCAGAGAACACACACAGGAGAGAAACCCUUCCGGUGCACUCUGUGCGGGAAGCUGUUUGCAGUGUCAUCACAUCUUCGAAGACACCAGAGAACGCACACAGGAGAGAAACCCUUCAAGUGCACUGUGUGCGGGAAGGCGUUUACACGGUCAUCACAUAUUAAAAAACACCAGAGAUCACACACAGGAGAGAAACCUUUCAAGUGCACUUUGUGUGAGAAGGCAUUUUCAAGUUCAUUUAAUCUUAAAAUACACCAGAGAACACACACAGGAGAGAAACCCUUCAAGUGCAAUGUGUGUGGGAGGGAAUUUUCAAUUUCAUUUUAUCUUAAAAUGCACCAGAGAACACACACAGGAGAGAAACCCUUCAGGUGCACUCUGUGCGGGAAGGCGUUUGCGCAGUCAUCAGGUCUUCAGAGACACCAGAGAACACACACAGGAGAGAAACCUUUCAAGUGCACUGCGUGUGAGAAGGCAUUUGCAUGGCCAUCAGGUCUUCAUAGACACCAGAGGACACACAGGCAUCAGAAGAUCCCCAAGGAGUGUAGUCUGAAAUCGACUUGUGAAAGUCAAAGUGCUGCAAUAAGCCCAUCCCUUCUGAUAAAAGAACCAGAAGUAAAUUCCAGCUUGGACACUAUGAAAUGUAUCAAGGUGAAAUUUGAAGAGACGAAGGUAAAAUGUGGAGAAAUGAUGGUGACAAGCGAAGAAGUGAAGGUAAAAUGUGAAGCAGUGAUGGUGAAGAGCGAUGAAGUGAAGGUGAAAUGUGAAGAAGUGAUGGUAAAGAGCGAAGAAGUGAUGGUAAAAUGUGAAAAUGAAGAUUCAACUCCAAAAUCGGACCAUCACAUCGAUGGAGGCAACGUGAAGCAGGAGGAUAAUUCUGACUUUGAGGCAGAGUAUGGCAACUCCGAGCAGUUUGUGGAAGUGGAGGUGUGGGUAGACUUCUUAGACAAUACAAAGUCAAAUAGAGACCGGGUAGAUGUGUAAGCUUGAGACAAUGAAGCUCCAAUAGAUUCACCUUUGUCACAGGCCUUUAAUGAAAAGAAUGUGAAGUUGAACACUCUUUCUAGGUUCAAACUUGCAAAGGAAGAGCGGCCAGUAUUUGAGGACCUGCGGGUUGGGUAGAUCUCUAUCCAGGAGCCAGAGCCAAUAAGCUCCCAAGCAUUCACAAUGUUUUCAUAAUAAUAUUAGCAUUGAUGAGGUGCUUGCUUAAUCGCCUCAGCAACUCGGAGUUUUGUAUCGUGUCUCAUCACAAACACUUGAACAGCAUGUUGUAUAUAUGGCUUUUCCAAAAAUUUAUGUUAAGAGUGAUUUUGCCUAUUUUUUGUAAUAAUUUUGAUCCGGAUGUAGCGCUGGGGCACGGAGAGUCCUCCCCCCCCCCUCCCUGCUGCCUCCUUCCUUGCCACACAAAAGACAGCGAGAGGAUACUUACUCACACGCCUGCUGGGGAAGUCCUAAAAUGUAAUUAAAAAAUGGCAAACCCAAGGGGGGCUAUGAGAUUCUGCGGGUAACCCCGGUUGACUUCAAAAGAAGGCCGCCAUAAAGGAAACAACCCACAAUAAAACAAACAUAAAACGGAAAUAGCAGGGGUCAAGAACCUUCCUUGGACAGCACAAUCCACCCAAGGGCAGUUAAUCAUUAUGAGCUGACUGGGGUUUUUAAAAUACAACAGAAGGGUUGGAAGCUUAGCUAUAUCUUCAACCUCAGGAUAUCAAAAUAUAACUUGAGAAUAAGUAGCACGGAUCCCUGGUGAUACAGACGGGGAACAAAGGUUAACAAAACCCUCGGAAUAUCCUUGGUAACAACUAUGGUAUACCACAAAUCUUGGUUAAGCAUGAACCAAAUCAUAAUUAUGAAAGUAUUAGACCUAGGGUCAUUCAGAAGAGAUACAAUGCGAAAUAUGGCAAUCACACAUGACCAAGAUAAUAUGUAUUCCUAUGGAUCAGAGCCUCACCAACCACCUGGGUCUUCCAGUAGCUCACAGCACAUGGUAGCAGUAAAUUAUGUAUGCAGGGGGCACCUCCCCCUAAUAUAUCAAAUACCACGCAAGAAUUCCAAACCGCGACGCGAGUGCUGUGAACUCUGCUCAAAACAUACUCUGAGUCGCUUGCAGAGUAAAAACUGCAGAAAGUGGUACAGUUCUAAGCUAUAAGGGGUGUACAUUUUAUUUUACUUCCAACCCGUGAUGAGAGGACGGAAAACAUGGCGACAGCAAGCACACCCGUGCACAAUAGGUCACGACUUCAAAGUCACAGUGCCCCUUUUUGAGAGAGACCGCAAGUCUGUUGUGAAAAAAUUGUAACACUUCCAACCUGUGAUGGGAGUGUGGGGAAUGCUGCCCAAAAUGUGAAUGGAAAUAAAGACAUCCGGAUAACAAACAGCCCAAGCGACUUCAAAAGGAAAACAGCUGCCCAUUUGUGAGAAGGAAAAGCCUGAGUUGGAAAAAUUCAGAUAAGCAAGAACGCAAGAACAUAAAUCAGUACUGCUCAACGAAUCGCCCAACUGCGACUGGAGUAAUCCAAACCAUCAAGCACAUCACCGAUGAAUGCUCCAUCCAUGCACAUCCUGGCGGUAUCGCUGAAAUCCACACUGCGUCAACUACAUCAUUGGACUGGAUGAGGAACAUUUGCAUUAAUUUAUGACGAUCAUUAAAAAUGAAAACUGUUGCUUUUGACAAUGCCAUACGAAAGAAGAAGUACUGCGAGUGGCAAGCUCCGGUGAUUUCCCUCGUGACUGGCAAAUCCAUAGGGAGCUCUGCAUCGGCAGAAGCCACGCAUCACGGAGAGGUUUUUUUGCAUCAUUGAGAGAGGCUGCCAGCCAAGGCUGGUGCUCGCAGUGUUACAACACAAACGUGGGGAAGAGUGCCGUAGCAUUACUAUUCCCGGUGGCGAGGUUGCUGUAUACAGCCAACACGAUCAUAGAGUGACAAUCGUUCCGAUUGUGCUCCGAUCAAAGUCAACCCUUCGAGGGAAAACUGGUGCAACCCACAGGCGAAGUUUAGUUGAGGGUAGAAUCAGAGACUGACACGGAACGAUAUAACUUGAUCUGAGCAUGUCCUCUGUGCAGCACGAGUCAUACAGACAACUGGAAGAGGACUCUCUUGAAGAGGGGGGGGGGGGGAGAUGACAGGCGCUGUCUAUCCAAGUCGCUCUACAGUCUUCAAGGAUCAACAGUGUCUGGUGCCAAGGGGGGUGACGCACGGCAACCAGCGGACGAGCUGCGAGCGGUGUCUGGCGACAGGAUGAUCGCGCACAUCGACGCAGACUGAGCCGGGCCCAUCAUCCCUGCCAGCAUCGGCACCGCCGACAUUGUGACCAGCGUGCCGACUCGACAACCACCCCAGCGAUGGAGAGAGACUGACGAAGCAGCCGAUAGUGCCUUGUGUUCGACACACACGCAGACCCAGCGCCCCUUCUGGGGACCUGAGGUCUUUUAAGAAACGCAGCACCUCGGAAGCUGCUAAGUCAACAGUUAGCAAGAAGACAACACACACCCACACACAUAACGUGCAUAUUGGGACUAAUAAGAUUGCUCCAAAAAGUUAUCUUUGUGUUUCUAAAAGGGUUGCGUUCUGAAGGUGGUGCGUUAACUAUUAGCUGAUCAUGAAAAGCAUUGUUCUGUCCCUUGAGUUAUAUGAAUACGGUCGUUUAGAAGUAUUUGUCAUUCGUUCUCGUUAAUUGCAUAACCUUACCAAUGAAUGCAUUGAUGACACACUAAACACGUAUAAGCAUCUAUAUUACGAAUCUACACACUCACAGGAAUACUAUUGUGUUUUGAUCACAGAAUCUUGCCCGCGAAUUCAUUGAUGUCCCAUUUGCCAAUAGAUAAGCAUCUGUUAGCCAAACAGGCACACUAGCACUCACACUAUUGUUUCAAGACAUUUCGUUAAUUGCAUAAUCCUACCAAUGAAUUAAUUGAUGUCUACUUUUGCCAUUGGGCACAUGUUUCUUUAGCACGUUUCGUAUUAAUAUUGUUUUUUUUGUCAAGGACUUUUCCUAUCGCCGUGUAUGGUCGCGCUACUCUGAGGAAUUAGCCGAUUGUUCUGUUACUCAGUUUUAACAAAUCUAAACAUUGAGGGUUAAUUGUAUGGAUCAAUGAGUAGGACAUCUUCAAAAGUACGGUGUUGACAAUUACGAUCAUAAGUGUGUUCGCAUAGAGUGUUUUUAGAUAUUAAAGUUGCUUAACAUAGAAAA